ACUUCAUUAUAGAACAACAUUUUAAAGACUUACAAUUUACAUCUUGUCCAAUAUCGAACGUUAAUAUCGAUGUAUUAUACUUUUUUUAGUUUUUUACCAUUCCUAUGUAUUUAUGAUAACAAUAUAAUAUGCUAUGACAUAGGUACCAGCAGAAUUAGCUAAGAUAUUUUUAGUUUCUAAGCAGUUUUACUUAAAAGAAUUUUUUUCUUAUCUGUUUAAAAUCUACAUUAUAGGUAAUCAAAAUUUGUUUUCUCUAUAAGACUCCCAGACCCUAAAACAUAGUAAUUAAUUUUUUUAAAUCUUGCUCAUGAAUCAUGAUUGACUCCUGGUACUUACGUAUAGGUAUUGAUUUCCACCGGAUCUAAUCAAAAAUAAUAUUUAAUUAGUUAUAUUUUUUGUACUAAAUGGGGCUUGAGAAAAUAUAAGUGUCAUUACAUAUAAUAACAUGUGGUGUACGAUUUGUAAAUUUCGAUCGGGUUUCAGAUGGUUCGACUAGCAGCUGCAGAUGCAUUCAUCGUUUCACUGGUCGACAAUAGGCUUCUAUGCUAUGCGGCCAUGUGGGCAUUGAGGCAAUUGCAAUCUACCAAUGACAAAUUCGUCUUGAAUUUGACCGAUGGUGACCUGAUCAUGACUCCGUUCUGCCAGCCGCCCCUGUUCGGUUGUUCAUCUCCACGACUCUCCUUUUGCAGUAUAGAUACGAGAACGAGAUACCUAUAUACUGACCACUCUGAAACGACUUGUGCCAAAUUUUCACCGUGGUGGUAAGUUGCAUUUGAGGGAAGGGAGUCGAAUUUAUGUAUUUUAAUAUGCAGGGUGAAAAAAAAAUGGUCCUAGUAGAAACAUAGCAGUUAUUGCGUGCCAAUAGAAACUUUAUUUUUAAGAUAAAAUAACUAUUACAAUAUUGGGGAUUAGAAUAAAAAAAAUCCUUCGUCUAAGUAUUUUGCAAUAGUUAUUAAAUCCGAUGCUGAUGACUAUAACGUAAAAGCCCUCAUAUAAACUCAUGUAUUUGUAGUUGUAUUCUUUAUCAGAAAUAAAUUAAGUGUGCAAUAUUUAGAACUCGUAAUGCGGGACGGGACUUCAAUAUGAUCAAGCACUACAUUUUGGCUGUACAUGAUAUUAAAUUACCUACCUAGGUUGAUCCUAAAAUUAUACUUCGAUUGUCUUAGUAGAUGAGUUAUAAACGUCUAAUACCUAUCUUGUCUUAUUACUUUUAUGGGUAGAUUCUGUGUAACAUAGCGCAUUGCACAAAGCAAAAUGGACACAUAUAACUGCGUUGGGAAACAUUUUGAAGCGUAUACAUGUAUAAUAUUUUGCGGACACCUGCUUUUCGUGUUUAUUAUUUUUGUCUUAUAACAUUCUAUUAUACCAUUAUACAUAUAUACCUACAUAGUGGGUACCUAGGACUUUGGUGUAAUCACGAAUAUUAUGAAAAUCGUGGGACUGGGUAUAAUAAAGUUAUUUCCAACCAGGGAAGUGGAUGAACUAUUUUGGACUGGAUCGGACCGUGCUUAUAAAAAAUAUUCUUGGACCGCAACGGGCUUUUUAAGAGCCAAAGAUGACUUUUGGGCCGGGAUUAAGUCUUUUUUCAAAAAAUUGUUUGGACUAGGCCGGGCUGGGCCUCGGAAAAAAUUGUUGGACCUGGCUAGGCCAUAAAUUAUUGAUGGUCCUCUCACGUCUAUAGCGCACACUGGUACGGAGCAACGGUCAACCGUUACGGAACAACCCGUGAUUUGUCUUUUUCUGUACACAUAUACGUGACACCUGCACCGUCCGUCCGUAUUUUCACGACUUCACUGCUCACAUCUACACCAUAUUACCCCCGGUAUUUUUUUUUUUUGAUUUCGUAUAAACUCUUUUCUCGAGUUAACUAAACCAAGGUUCACGUUCCGACCAGGUACCCUUUUAAUUAGCAGUACUAUUCGUUUGGUACAUUUUCACUCUGUUUUCUACUUGAAAUACAUACGAGUAUAGGCCGCAACACCAUCCGUGGCACAUCAUUGUAAAUUGUAAUAAAUAUUUAAAACGGUACCUACUAAAAGCUUCACUGUUAAUAAAUAUUGCGAUUACCUACAUCUUGUGCUUCCUUUGGUAACGUCUCGCUCAAACACCUCAACCCUCUCGGCCUCGCCACCGGGCUUCUUAUAAUACUUCAAUAAUUAAUAAGAAUGUCAUUGACAUACGAUAUAAUAUGUAAAAUGUAGGUGGAAUAUGUACAGAAGAGAUGUCUACCACAAAUUACAGUUCGUAUAAUUAAAUUAACAAAUUUUGUAUAUUUUAUUUUGUAUGCGCUGUCUGGCGCGUUAUAUAUGCAAUUUUGGUACAUCAGCAUGUAGGUGGCUUUCGAAUGGCAUUCCGCGCCGUUAUUUGUAGUUAUAUAGUAUGGGGCAUCAUCAAAGAUACUGUAAAAAAAAAACUAUAUGGCUUAAUAAAUAAUUAAUAAACAAUAUACCGAUGAUAUUUGUUUAUCAACAAAUUCAGUCUUUAAGCUACCCAUAUAAAUCAUAUUUUUUAUUUUAGUUUCGCUCUUAAAUAGUUGUCGUCAAAGCAAAAAAUAAAAAGUUUUUAAAUAUUAAUUGAAGUUUCCAUUAUACGAAUACUAUGAUUAAAAACGGUUUGCAACUGAUCUCCUCAGAAUUGAGUAGUGUGAAAACAACACUGGGCCGUGGAAACUUGUCAUCGGUGACACCUAACACAUUUUCCUGGAAAGGCAAAUGCGUGCGACCGUUCGCCAGCCGUACCAACGUAAGUCAUACCACGUCGGUCGACCUAUAUUCGGCUGGCUGGCCAACGUCUCUUCUUUGUCAACUGCCUGUGGACAACAUCAACGGUUCGGGUAUUAAGUUACGGGGAGUCUCCACCAGAGAACAGUGCUGCACCAUUCUUCCGCCUGUCGCUAUUAACGGUUUCGGCCGGAUAGGUAAAUGCGUGCUCCGGUUGGCUAUUCAGAAAAACGUGAAUGUGGUCGCCAUCAAUGAGCCGAGUGCCAACGCAGAAGCGAUUGCCCAUUCGUUCAAAUACGACUCUAUACAUGGAAUGUUUCCUGGGUGCGUCAGUGUAAAGGGAGACUGUCUGAACAUCAACGGCAAAAUCGUACGUGUAUAUAAGGAAGCGAACCCAGAAAACAUCAAAUGGAAAGAGUUGCCUGUUGAUUACGUGAUAGAGUCAACCGGAAGAUUCACAGAAGUCAAAACUGCCCAGAAACACAUGGCGACGGGUGUCAAAAAAGUUAUUAUCAGUGCUCCGAGCAAAGACGCGCCGAUGUUUGUAAAGGGCGUGAACUUCGACAAGUAUAACAAUAAAAUGACUGUGGUGUCGAACGCCUCGUGUACAACCAAUUGCGCUGCGCCUUUGAUGCACAUCAUCAACAAUCAAUUUGGAGUGGAAUACUGUCUACUGACAACGGUUCACGCAAUGACCUCCUCCCAGCAGAUCCUGGACGGAGUGAAACAAAGGUCAGCUCCAGGAAAUAUUGUACACAGCACGACAGGCGCUGCGAAAGCCGUGGGAAUAGUCAUUCCGGAAUUAAAAGGAAAAGUAACCGGUGAUUCUAUAAGAGUGCCCACACUGGACGUGUCACUGCUGAAACUCUACAUAACUGUUAAAAAUCCGGUGACAUUAGAGAAUAUCAAGUGUGCAAUCUGGAAAAAUGCGGAUACAGUUGAAAAUAGCGUUGUAUCCUACAUCGAAGAUACAGAAAACCUCGUAAGCUCCGAUUUCGUAGGCAGUCAAUGUUCGGCCAUAGUUGAUUUUAAUCAAGUGUCAAUCAUCGGCGACAAAUUUGUGACAAUAGGCGCAUGGUAUGAUAAUGAAAUGGCAUAUUCGAGUAGGCUGUUAGACCUUUACACUCACAUGGUAGAAAUGGACAAAUGUAAGUAAUAGGCAAAACAUAGCUUAUAGAAUUGAUACUAGUGAGUCAAUAAAUGCAGUAGUAUUUGGUGCUGGUAAUAUAUAUAUUUAUUUAUUUCAUUGUUAAUAAUUAAAAGUUAGUUUAUAAGAU